AUGCAAAGUUUAUAUGCACAAGAUAACAUCUUUUAUACGCGCAAGGUUACUGACCCAAUCAUCUCUAAUAUUGAUCUUUAUUGUCAAACUUAUUCCCGUGGGGUAAUAUUAUAUAAUCAGGAAAAACUCACCACCGAUAAAUCAACUGUGAGUUCUCGAUCUAUGAGUGAACCUCUAAAAAAAUUCUCACUGAAUGGGAUGAAUGAUCCUUUUUGGUCCAAAGUACAUGUAUGUAGAUAUAGCAAUAUGAAUUUUACUCCUAAAUGCAAUUUCUCUUCAAGUGCAGGACUCCUUCAAAGAGGGCAUCGACUCUGUCUUAAAUAUGCUUUAUAA